AUGUGGCUAGGCGGCGACGAGCGCACCGACGAGGAUGCACUGAAGAACGAAUUCGAGAAGCGAUUCCCUGGCAUGAAACUCAACCUCACCACCGACCUGUCAAAGUAUCACAGCCCACGCUUCGACGAGCAGCUCGCCGCGGGUAAGGUGUACGUUGAUAGCAUUGCGUUCCAGACCGUACAUGAUUUCCCGCGGUGGGAUAAUGAGGGCGCACUGCUACACUAUGCGCCUGUGGGGCUUGACAAGGUGUAUGUUCCGAUGAAAGAUGUGCGUGCCGCGUUUUACGGCAUUCUGACAGUAGGAUGGGCGGGCAAGUGGAACACCGACAAGUUGCCUGGGAUCCAGGCGCCGGUCGAGUGGGAGGAUUGGUUAAGGCCGGAGUUCAAGGACAAGCUUGUCUUGACUUACCCUAACGAUGACGAUGCGGUGUUGUACGCCUUUGAUCUGAUCAUGCAACAGUAUGGCAAAUCUUGGUUUCAAAAACUCCUCAAGCAAAACCCCCGCUGGGUCCGUGGCACUCGUUCCCCCGACACCAUUAUGCAAGCUAAGAACUCGACGCGCGCCGCCUCAUUCACAUCGGACGGUCUCUUCCCAACCUCAAACAUCAAGAUCAGCCACCCAGUCAAGGGCUCCUUCGUGACCUGGUUCCAGCUUGCUGCCAUCCCGAAAGACGCGCCGCACCCAGAGGGAGCAAAGCUGCUCCACAACUACAUGCUCACCAAGGAAUGGCAAGCAACCCGAGGCUCGUGGCCUGUGAGGAGCGAUGUUGAGCCUCCUCAGGGAUAUCCUCCUAUCCUUGAGAUGCCAGGAACAAACAUCACCUACUUCCGAGAGUGGAUGUCCGAUCGAUACAGGGUUGAGCGAUUGAGGUUGUGGUUUGAGGAUCAACUCGGCACUGCUCAGGGCCUGAGCCCCAUCUCUGAUGACAUUUAA